AUUCCCCUGCUUUAGGUUCUCAUAACUCCAGACAUCCUGAAUGGUUCUCUUUUUCCUUGUAGACAAUUCCUCCUCCCUCCAGGAAGAUGAAGAAGUAGAGGUGGAAACCAUUAGCUGGCAGGCCAGCAGGCCAGCCAUGAACGGGCACCCUGCCCCUCCAGUGACUUCUGCACGCUUCCCCAGCUGGGUCACUUUCGAUGACAAUGAAGUCCACUGCACUUUGCCACCCAUCACCUCCCCUUUGAAGCCAAGUGCACCACCACCUUCUGCACCUGUGACCUCAGACAUACCUUAUAACUCAACCCGGUCAUUUAAGAGGGACCGUCCCAAGAGUACGUUGAUGAACUUCUCCAAAGCUCAGAAGCUAGACAUUUCCUCCUUGAACCGCCCACCUUCCAUAACUGAGGCACCGCCGUGGAGGGCAACCAAUCCCUUCCUGAAUGAGACUCUACAGGAUGUGGAGCCCUCCCCUAUCAACCCAUUCAGUGCUUUCUUUGAGGAACAGGAGCGGCGUUCCCAAAACAGUUCCAUUUCCAGUACCACUGGCAAAAGCCAAAGAGAUUCUCUCAUUGUUGUCUACCAGGAUGCCAUCAGUUUUGACGAUUCUAACAAAACUCAGUCCCACUCUGAUGCUGUGGAAAAACUCAAACAACUCCAAAUUGAUGACCCUGAUCACUUGGGCAGCACAACACUACCUGACGAUGACCCAGCAGCCUGGGUUCAACUGGAUGCUCACCUGCCUGGGUCAGCUGUGUCCCAGCCCAGGGAUGGGUGGUCAAUGAUGCUGAGGAUCCCUGAGAAGAAAAACAUCAUGUCCUCCAGGCACUGGGGACCAAUCUACAUCAAACUGACUGACAGUGGUUUCCUGCAGCUAUAUUAUGAACAGGGCCUAGAAAAACCAUUCCGUGAAUUCAAGCUGGAGAUCUGCCAUGAUGUUUCAGAACCCCGGCUUCAAAACUACGACGAGAAUGGGAGGAUCCACAGUUUGCGGAUAGAUCGUGUCACUUACAAGGAGAAGAAGAAAUACCAGCCCAAACCCGCUGUGACCCAUACCGCAGAGCGGGAGCAAGUGAUUAAGCUGGGCACCACCAAUUACGACGACUUCCUGAGCUUCAUCCGCGCAGUUCAGGACCGUCUCAUGGAUCUGCCUGUCUUGUCAAUGGACUUGAGCACUGUUGGCUUGAACUACCUGGAAGAAGAGAUUACGGUGGAUGUCAGAGAUGAAUUCACCGGUAUUGUGAGCAAAGGCGAAAACCAGAUCCUCCAGCACCAUGUCUUGACUCGGAUCCAUAUCCUGAGUUUUCUCUCUGGGUUGGCAGAGUGUCGCUUGGGCCUCAAUGAUAUCCUCAUCAAAGGCAAUGAGAUUGUUUCUCGACAGGACAUCAUGCCCACCACCACCAGCAAGUGGAUCAAGCUCCAUGAGUGCCGCUUCCAUGGGUGUGUGGACGAGGAGGUCUUCAACAGCUCUCGUGUUAUUCUGUUCAACCCUUUGGAUGCAUGCCGGUUUGAACUAAUGCGGUUCAGGACCGUGUUUGCUGAAAAGACUUUGCCCUUCACCCUCAGGACGGCAGCCAGCAUCAACGGGGCAGAGGUGGAGGUGCAGAGCUGGCUGAGGAUGUCAACCGGCUUCUCCUCUAACCGCGACCCCCUCACUCAGGUUCCCUGUGAGAAUGUAAUGGUUCGUUACCCAGUGCCUAGUGAGUGGGUGAAAAACUUCCGAAGGGAAAGUGUCCUGGGGGAAAAGUCUUUGAAAGCCAAAGUGAACCGGGGAGCAAGUUUUGGCUCAACUAGUAUCUCAGGCUCCGAGCCUGUCAUGAGAGUAACUCUGGGAACUGCCAAAUAUGAGCAUGCCUUCAACUCCAUUGUGUGGAGGAUAAACCGGCUGCCCGACAAAAACUCAGCAUCUGGACACCCACACUGCUUCUUUUGCCACCUGGAACUUGGCUCUGACCGGGAAGUGCCUUCCAAGUUUGCCAGUCAUGUGAAUGUGGAAUUCAGCAUGCCCACAACUUCUGCCUCCAAAGCUGCUGUUCGAUCCAUCUCCGUGGAAGACAAGACUGAUGUCCGGAAGUGGGUCAAUUAUUCUGCACACUACAGCUAUAAGGUGGAAAUUGAACAAAAAAAGAGUUUGAAGCCAGACUGUGAUGAAGAUAAAAUGGCCAAUCCCAAGGAGUGUGGGGUACAGUGAUAAAGACUUACAUCAACUAAUCCUAACCCAAGAGUCACGACAGGAUGCCUUCCUGAAUAGCUGAAGUUGAAGUCAACACGUGCUGUGUCAACUCCAUGUGGGAACAGUCUAUGAGAGCUUCCUGUUCACAGUUACCUGUAUAUCAACAGGAGAACCCCUGAGGUGGUUGCUUGCUGGAAGCUAGUUGACCCUGAUCAUGCCUGAAGCACGUGGAGCACCUGACUUUUGAAGCUUAUUAUGUAAUUAAGCUUCUUUGUCUGUUUCUGCUUGUAUUGCAGCACUGGUAUGUGGUUUGUGAAGACAGAGUUUGGAAAGGAACCUCCAACGUCAGUGUUGGUACUGGUUCUGAAAAUCAUUUAUCCCUCAAGAGUGUCUGGAGAAAAGUAGUCCUGAGAAAUCAAUCCCAAAACCAUCUCUGUCACUCUUUAUAUAAGAGGCUCUGAAAAGGUUCAAAGCAAAUUUCCUCUUUGGGUCUAGUAGACCUUGUGUAGAGUCUUUGAUCAUUAAAUGUUAACACUAUGCAAGAGGAGUUUUUCAGGUGUUCUCUCCUUGUUCUAGAUUGUUUUGAACUCAAGGGUUUUUGUUGUUGUUGUUGUUAUGUUGUGUUUUGUUGUUUAUUAUUUUCCUAUUUCUCAAAGGUUUCAGUCACAGGAUUUGCUAUCCUACGUCACAAUAGACAAUGGGAAGAAAUAGGAUUUUUUAAAAAAUUUAGUGACUGGGCCUACAUUCUACAAAUAGAUUGGGUUGGAUUUAUAUCUCUUUUGAGUGGAAAACAAAAUUGAAUUUGCCUUUCCUCUGUGGAAAAGGGUCAUUAAAUGUAAGAUUAUAUUCAGUUCA